UGCUUGUAGUUACAACUUCCAAGUUUACUACGGCACAAAGACGGUGAGAAGCAGAGAUAGAAAGAAAGCAAACAUGGCUAACCAAAACAACGAAGAAGUUGUGUGCGUAACAGGAGCAAACGGUUUCAUCGGUUCAUGGCUAAUUCGAACCCUCUUAGAGAAUCAAAACCCACGCUACACUUCAAUCCACGCCACAAUCUUCCCUGGUUCCGACCCUUCCCAUCUCUUCACACUCCAUCCCGAAGCAAAUUCCCGCAUCACAGUCUUCCCUUUAAACAUUCUCGACUCACACGCCGUCUCACGCGCCGUCGAACAUUGUACCGGCGUAUUCCACGUCGCAUCCCCAUGUACACUCGAAGACCCAACCGAUCCUCAAAAGGAACUACUAGACCCCGCUGUACGCGGAACCCUAAACGUUCUAGAAGCAGCAAAGCGCGUUGGAGUAAAGCGCGUGGUUCUCACUUCCUCGAUUUCCGCCAUGGUUCCGAACCCUAAUUGGCCGGAGAAAAAGGCAGUUGACGAGUCAUGUUGGACCGACGUUGAUUACUGUUCUUCCCGGGGGAAAUGGUAUCCGGUGUCGAAGACGAUGGCGGAGAAGGCGGCGUGGGAGUUUAGUGAGAAACACGGUGUUGAUGUGGUGGCGGUUCAUCCGGGGACGUGUUUGGGGCCGCUUCUUCAGAAGGAGAUGAAUGCGAGUUCGGCGGUGUUGCAGAGGUUGAUGAUGGGGUCGGAGGAUACGCAGGAGUGUUAUUGGUUGGGUAGUGUUCAUGUGAAGGAUGUUGCUAGAGCUCAUGUUUUGGUUUAUGAGACUCCAACUGCUUCUGGUAGAUAUCUUUGUACAAAUGGUAUAUAUCAGUUUUCUAGUUUUGCUACCGUUGUUUCUGAAUUGUACCCUGAUUUUCCUAUUCACAGAUUUCCAGAGGAAACUCAACCUGGUUUGACACCAUGUAAAGAUGCAGCAAGAAGGCUAAUAGACUUGGGAUUAGUCUUCACACCCGUUCAAGAUGCUAUUAGAGAAGCAGCAGAGAGCCUUAUAGCUAAAGGCUUCCUACAGAGACCACCCUUACAAAAUUAGAAUUUAGAUUUCAUUUAGUUCUUCCCUUGAGGCAAAAAAGGUCUUUGCUUCAUUUCUUUUUUAUUUUAUUUAAGGUGUAACCAAUAAUAAUUGUAAUUAUAUUACACAGUUUAUGUGGUAAAUAAUGGAGGAUUUUGUUAAGCAAGUUGCUAA